GGAAGUGGGCGGGGCUCCGAGCAGAGGCGGGAGGCGGAGCGUGGGCAUGACGUCCCCGGCGAGGCGCACGCCGGGUAGCGGUUGCGGGUAUGCUCCGCUGGGCCCGAGCCUGGAGGCUCCCCCAUGGGGGGCUCUGUCCCUCCGGUUCCAGCUUCUCGAGGGUGCCCGUCGCACCCAGCAGCAGCUGCAGCCGCGAGGGCGCCGAGCCGAGGCCGCUGCCGCUUUCCUACAAGCUUCUGGACGGGGAGUCGGCCCUCCCGGCCGUCGUCUUUCUGCACGGGCUCUUAGGCAGCAAAACUAACUUCAACUCUAUCGCCAAGGCCUUGGCCGAGCAGACAGGCCGAAGGGUGCUGACAGUGGAUGCUCGGAACCAUGGCGACAGCCCCCACAGCCCGGACAUGAGCUAUGAAGCCAUGAGCCAGGAUCUGCAGGGCCUCCUGCCCCAGCUGGGCCUGGUGCCCUGCGUCCUCAUUGGCCACAGCAUGGGAGGAAAGACAGCCAUGCUGCUGGCACUACAAAGGCCAGAGCUGGUGGAACGUCUGGUUGCCGUAGACAUCAGCCCAGUGGAGACCACAUCCAGCUCAAACUUCGAAAGCAUUGUGACAGCCAUGAGGGCCAUAGACAUCCCAGAUGAGAUGCCCCGCUCCCACGCCCGAAAACUGGCCGAUGGGCAGCUCAGCUCUGUUGUCCAGGACAUAGCCGUGCGGCAGUGGCUGCUCACCAACCUGGUGGAGGUAGGUGGGCGCUUCAUGUGGAGGGUGAACUUGGAUGCCUUGGCCCAGCACCUGGACAAGAUCAUGGCUUUCCCACUGCAACAGGACUCCUACCCCGGGCCAACCCUCUUCCUCCUUGGUGGAAACUCCGAAUUUGUGCAAUGCAGACCGUGCCUAACGCUGGCCACUGGGUCCACGCUGACCGCCCGCAGGACUUCGUGGCUGCCAUCCGAGGCUUCCUGGUCUAAGACUUGCUGGCAAGAGAGGCACGAAAUCCCAGGCUUCAAGUCCCUGCAGCCUGCUCCGCAUUUGGACAUAGAAGGACUCAGGCGGUCACUGAGGGCAUGAGGGUGUGGGGGUGGUCAGACCUCAGACUUUAAUGAAUAAAGACACUGCUCCCAGAGUUCCGGGCUGAGCUCUCACCACCAACGUCCCCGUCCCCGGGGGAAUCUGGCCCAGGGGGUCCUGGCA